ACCCACGUCGCGUCUGGACCCUUCUCUGGCAUCGUCCUCUCGUUACCCUAAUUAGGGUUUCCUGUCAAUCCCAGUUUCUCCUCUCGCAACAAAUCUAGGGUUCGGAAGAUGAUGCAGCCGGGAUCGAACAUGGUGCCCCCUCCCAUGGCGCCACCACCACAGUACCAGCAGCAGCCACCGCAGCAGCCGCCGUCUCAGCAGUGGAUGCCGCAGCAGCCGCAGUAUCAGGUUCCACCGCCGCAGCAGCCGGCUGCCGCUGGUUAUUACUAUCAGCAACCACAGGGUCCUGCUGCUUCCGGUGUCCCGCCGCAGCAACAGCCGCAGUACGCCCCCGCGCCGACGGCUCAAACUCAACCGAUUGUGGAUGAUGGAAUUCGGAGUUUGUGGAUCGGGGAUCUGCAGUACUGGAUGGACGAGCAAUAUUUAUAUAGCUGCUUUGCAACUGCUGGCGAGGUUGUCUCUACUAAGGUUAUCCGAAACAAGCAAACUGGCCAAUCUGAAGGCUAUGGCUUCAUUGAAUUUGUCAGCCAUGGUGCUGCAGAGAGGAACUUGCAGACAUUUAAUGGUGCUCUAAUGCCAAAUGUUGAGCAGACUUUUCGAUUGAACUGGGCAUCCAUGGGUGCUGGUGAAAAGCGUGAUGAUGCCCCUGAUUACACUAUCUUUGUUGGAGAUUUGGCAGCUGAUGUUACUGAUUACAUGCUUCAAGAAACCUUUAGAGCUAAUUAUCCUUCUGUUAAGGGUGCCAAGGUUGUCACAGAUAGGAUUACAGGACGUACGAAGGGUUAUGGAUUUGUGAGGUUUGGUGAUGAAAGUGAACAAUUAAGAGCUAUGACUGAGAUGAAUGGGAGGUUUUGCUCCACUAGGCCUAUGCGAAUUGGCCCUGCUGCCAACAAACAAAAAGUCGGUGGUCAGACCAAAGUUGCAGCAUCAUACCAAACAUCGCAAGGAAAUCCAAGUGAGGAUGAUCCAACAAACACCACAAUAUUUGUUGGAAAUUUAGACUCAAAUGUCACAGAUGAGCAUCUAAGACAGGUUUUUGGACAAUAUGGACAGUUGCUUCAUGUAAAGAUACCAGUGGGCAAAAGAUGCGGUUUUGUCCAAUUUGCUGAUAGAAGCUGUGCUGAAGAAGCCCUACGAAUAUUGAAUGGAACCCAGUUGGGAGGACAGAGUAUCCGACUCUCAUGGGGACGUAGCCCUUCUAACAAACAGGUUGACCCGAACCAGUGGAAUGGAGGAGGUUAUUAUGGAUAUGGCCCAGGAUAUGAAACCUAUGGUUAUGCUCCAGCUGCACAGGAUCCAAGUUUAUACUAUGCUGGAGGGUACCCUGGAUAUGGAAACUACCCGCCACCUCCACAGCAGCAGCAGCAGAUGAUGCAACAACCUCAGUGAUUAAAUCCAAUGGCGUCAAUGGGGCAUCAAAAUGCAGCAGAGCAGUUGUAUGUUGUUCGGUUUCGUUCGUUCCAACAAUUAUUCACUGACUCUCUUUAAUGCCAACCUGUUGGCUGGAUAGUGUUUCUGAACGAGAGUAGUUAUGAUGAUUUGAGUGUGUUUGUGUGUGUUUUCGACUCUGUUAUGAAGAGGGAGCGAGUGAAUGAGAGUUGAUCUGAUUUAAUACUGUUUUAGAUUUCUUUGUGUCAGCUUUUUAUCUAUAUGAAGUUAUUUGCCCUUAUAAUAAUGUGAUGGUUGUUCUCUGA